AUGACCGAACAAUACAGUGGCUUAGCCGAUGGUGGACGCAUCGGUUUCAGUGAUGGUGUUGGCCACAAUGGUGCCGGUGCUGCUGGUGGCAGCAGCAUUGGCGGCGGUAUUUUUGCGCCACCAAAUGUGCCAUGUCCACCCGGUAUGUUUCGCUGCAAUGAUGGCAGAUGCAUAACAUCGUUGUGGGUGUGCAACUACCAAAAGGACUGUGAGGGUGGCGAGGAUGAACAGCAAUCGUGUCCACCACCUGAAUGUGAGGCCGGUCAAAUUAAUUGCGGCCAAUAUGUAUUUAAUAAGACCUAUUGUAUACCACCGCAUUUCCGUUGUGAUAUGACUGAGGAUUGUGAAGAUAAAUCGGAUGAAGCACAGUGCAGUAAGUGAAUUGUUUUUGUUGUUAUUUUU